AUGCAGACGCUCUCGAGCGAGCUGAAAAAGUUCAACGUGUUCUUCAUGAAUCGGGAAGAAGAGAUCGUCAUGAAGGAGGGACACAUGCAGCAAGUUUUUGAACAGAAUGAGGAGCGCAUCGCGAGCGCGAUCAACGCGGGCGCGUACACGAACGAGUGCCUACUGAGCGACACGCAACUGUGCCAAAAGUUUGCAAACUUUCACGGCGAGCUCGUGCUCCUCGAACACUGGACUAAUCUGAACUACGCGGCGUUGGUGAAAAUUUUGAAGAAGCACGACAAGCGAUCAAACUUGUCGCUGCGUUCACCCAUCCUUGGGAACGUUCUGCAGCAACCGUUCUACAACGUGGAGGUGCUCACCGCCAUGAUUGGACGCGCGGAGGAACGCUUCCGCACAAUCGAGCAACGCAUUCGAGGGUUCGUGGGCGAGCACGCCGCGCCGAGCGCGCUCGAGGGAAUGCCGCCGGUGAACCUUCGCAUCUCCUCGGAUGGGAGCGAAAUCAGCGACGACGAGGAAGACAUGUACUCGAUCGAGCACACCAAGGCGGCGCUCAACUGCUGGCAGGGGCUGGAGAAGAGCGAAUGCAUGAAGAACCCGCUCGGUACGCCCGUGGUGGAAUGA